UAGCCCUUAUUGAAGUUGAAUACACCGAUCAGACACUCCAGUGGUAUUUAGCACCAAAGUGAGGCAUUGGGGUCGAUGUUUGAUUCAUGCUCAAGAAGUGACAUCCAAACAUGUCAACUUUUAAUAGUCAUAAAAAUACAGUAGAUUCUGUGAUUUUUACAGUGGAGGAGAAAGCCCAGUUACUGCGCGGAGACUGCCCGCGUCAAAUAACGAAAGAGAGACUAAAGCAGUGGCUGUUGUGUCGAAAAGGAACGGUGAAGGAUGGAAGUGCGUGUUCCGACGCCACAAAGGCCGAACUCGCACAAACUACGGUCGUCAGCUAUAUUAAGAAUGGUUGGGAAAGUAAUUUUCCUGAGAAAUGGAAGCACUUGGCAUCAAAACAACCACACGAAUUGAUGGUCUCUACAACCACAGCAACAGGCACAAACAAUGCUGCUUGUAUUGUUUCUUUGGACACAGUCUGGCUACCAAUAACCCAAGCUAAGGAUAUUGUUCCUAAUUUCACAAUGCAGCAUUUCUUAGCCUAUUUCAUAGCGAGGAAAGUCAAAGGAAACGCGUCAACAAAGAUUAUAAAAAUGUUAGUUCGAAAGCAUUUGGUUUGUUUCGACAUGGACAUAUCCAGCAAAUAGAAGUCGCUUGUGAGGAUGAUAAAGUCUACUUUAAGUGUUUUUGCCUACCUGAAAGGAAGAAAAGUUUAAGGUACAAUGUAAUAAAUGACUUUAUCCAACGAUGAAGUGGAGUUUGCUAGUUGCCCUUGCCCAGCUGGUAAAGGUCCUCUUGGAUCUUGCAAGCAUAUUGCUGCACUUUGCUAUGCCCUGGAGGAAUUUGUUACACUGAAAUGUUCUAGAGAAUUUGAAACCUGUACUUUAAGACUCUAAACUUGGAAUCAGCCGCGAAAAAGAAAACUUCAACCCCAAACAGUAUAUGGAAUAGAUUUUUCGAAGAAAGUGUACAACAGAAAAGAAAGAAACACUGCUAAGUCACUUAAUGAUCCCAGACGCCCAUGUCACAGACCUAAUAAUGUUCAACAAGCCAACAUGGAACUUCUUGAGCUUAUUAAGAAUGUGAAAUCUAACAGUGGGUUCUUUACCUUGCUCUCAAGUGAAAAGGCUCAAGAAAAGCCUGAGAUAAUAUCUCCAAUCAAGGUGCAUCCAGUCUCACUUUAUGAUAUACAGGACAGGGCUAGGAGAAUAAAAGACAAACUAAGAGUAACUGAUCAAGAAAGAGAUAAAAUAAAACA